ACAAACGCCACCUUAAAACGCCCGAUUCCUUCUUUUUAAUUGAAACACGUUUUACUCCCACUCGCGGCUGUAGGGGUAGGAUGACUGGCAAGACCCAGACCAGCAACGUGACCAACAAGAAUGACCCGCGCUCCCUCAACUCCCGCGUCUUCAUCGGCAACCUCAACACGGCGGUGGUCACCAAGGCCGACAUCGAGGCGCUGUUCUCCAAGUACGGCAAGAUCGUGGGCUGCUCCGUCCACAAGGGCUUCGCCUUCGUCCAGUACGCCAGCGAGAGGAACGCCCGGGGCGCCGUGGUCGGAGAGAACACCCGCGUCAUCGGCGGCCAGCCGCUAGAUAUAAACAUGGCUGGGGAGCCCAAACCUUACAGGCCCAAGAUCGGCUCCAAACGGCCCCUCUCCUCUCUCUACAGCGGCUACGAAUUCGACUACGAUUACUACAGAGACGAUUUCUACAGCAGGCUGUUUGAGUACCACGGCCGGGGGGGGGGGCCCACGCGGGCCGUGAUGCCGGUCAAGCGCUCCCGGGUGGUGGUCCCGUCCAUACGCAGGGCCAAGUCCUCCUUCCCGGUCAGGACCUCUUCCACCUCCUCCAGCUCCUCCUCCGCCUCCUCCAAAGUGAAAACAGACCAGCUCCUGACCAUCAAGAAGGAACUGUCCCAGAUCAAGACCAAAAUAGACUCUCUGCUGGGGAGGCUGGAAAGAUUUGAGCGACAACAUCAUGGGGAUGCUGAGACGCAGAGGAAGCAGGGGAAGGCGUACCACGGUCUCCGCGGCGACCCGCACGACCAAUCCGGCGAGGAGGAAGGGGAAGGGGCGGGCGAGGUGGAGGCGGGGGAGAUGACGGACGGCGGCGAGGACGAAUACGAGGACGGCGCUCCCAGCGACAUGAUAGAGAAUCAAGUAUCGGACAUAGACAACUGAACCGGAGGUCUUACCAAGCGACGGGGAGGUCGAAUGUGAAAUUGAGAUACCAGCAAAGCCUUCUGGAUGAGGAAUUUGCGCUUAAAGGAAAACAAAACAAAUGAUGACAAAAGGAAACGCUGAGAAAGGGACCUGUGAACAUGUUUGUGCUUGUUUGCCUCUUUAAAAGACUUGCUACUAUUGAGAUGUGCUUUAUUUAAAUGAAAAAAGAGGCUAAUUAAUAUUGUAUUCCAGGCUAUUGCAAAAUCUGUUCCAAAAAGGGAAAUCGAAUAAAAACACAAAAAAAUCCUUAAUGUUUUAUUUUAUUCUGACUAUUCUAAUUUUAUUUUUAAAGAACGAUAAGGAUCUGCCGUGGAUCUGUCACGCUGAACCUAUAAUGGUCUGAACUGUGCAUAGAAUAUGCAGUUCUAAGGGUAAGGAAAUGAACCAUUAAAUGGCUUAUUUUGUUUUUACCAAAUUCCAUUCUUCUUUUGCUAUAAUGUAUUGAGGUUAAAGGAUAAGGAAAUAUGAGAAGAAAUGGGAAAAAUGUUAGCGAUUAAGAAAGACUUUCCAUCAUGUGAAGUGCUGCCACAAUGUGAACCGUUUCAUUCAUACAUUUUGCUGGACUAUAAAUAUAUACAUAUAUAUAAUUUAUUAUAUUUUCCGUUGUUCAAUGUGCAUCAAUUCUGCAAAAUACAUUAUAAUUGUGGCUCAUAGUUGUCAAGAGUGUGAGGAGAAGUAUUUUUAUGAUAAGCAUGUGAAAGAUGUGAUUAUUAUGUCUCCUUUGUAUGUGUUGCGUCAGUUGUACAGCUGUGGAUUAAAAACCAACAAACUGUUUUUGAAAUAAAACAAUCUCUGAUCAAAAUUGUAUUUGAAUACAAAGCAGGAGAAU